AUGGGGAAGAUCACCUUCUACGAGGACCGGGGCUUCCAGGGCCGCUGCUACGAGUGCAGCAGCGACUGCCCCAACCUGCAGCCCUACUUCAGCCGCUGCAACUCCAUCCGGGUGGACAGCAGCUGCUGGAUGCUGUACGAGCGCCCCGACUACCAGGGCCACCAGUACUUCCUGCGGCGCGGUGACUACCCCGACUACCAGCAGUGGAUGGGCUUCAGCGACUCCGUCUGCUCCUGCCGCGCAAUUCCUUACUUGAGUCCUGCUUACAGGAUAAGGCUGUACGAGAGAGAUGACUCCAGAGGCCUGGUAUCCGAGCUCACAGAGGACUGCUCCUGUAUCCAUGACCGCUUCCAGCUCAAUGAACUCCACUCCCUUCACGUACUGGAGGGCUGCUGGGUCCUCUAUGAGAUGCCCAGUUACCGGGGGCGGCAGUACCUGCUGCGGCCGGGAGACGACAGGCGCCACCAUGACUGGGGAGCCCUGGAUGCCAAAGUCGGCUCUCUGAGACGGGUCAUUGAUUUGUACUAG